CCGUCUUAUUGUUUUCCCCUUAUCCCCUCUUUGCUUUGAUUGCUCCUUUUGGCUUCCAGGGUUGUUGCCUAGUUCCGCCCGUCGUCUCGAGUUGCCGGUUGAUAUCUGGCUGAGACCCCUCCGUCUACUCCCAGGAGCAUGUCCAUUACCGCGCACCCUUGACCUGUGCCUCAUCUCCGUCUCUGGCCAUAUCGAGCAGUCAUGGCUUUUCAGCGAGAUCCGAAUCCUACCGGGGAAGAAGAGUGCGCCGCCCACGACUGGGGGUUCAUUGCGACCGACGUCGAUGACCCUCCUCGUUGCGUCAGCGAGUGCAGGGAGAGGUUUCUGAGGCAGAUGUUGCCCAAGGAUGAGACAUUUGGGCGACUGUGCGAGGUGUUGGGAGACAAAGACCACAUGGACAAGGAGCAGCCUUUCCGUUCUCUCUACUGCUGCGACUCUCAGCUCUGUGGCGUGGACAACCUGGGCGCGAUCGGCAAAGAUCGUAUGUCUGACUAUCCUGACCGGGGAUGGAGAGUGUUGACAAGUCAUUAGCCAAUAUCAACUGGUUCAUCAACGUUUGUCAGGAGUGAGAUACCCCAUCCUUCCCACUGAGUGCACAGAGGCUGAGCAGUUUGCAGCAUUGGCUACCACUCGAUCGUAGACCCAGGGCCC